AUGGAUAAUAAUACUAAUUUUACAAAUAUUUCUGAUGUCCAACAUUCAUUUUUUUCUCCAACUACUACUACACCUGUAGUAUUUUCUUUAGUACCUAAUAAUGAUGAAAAUGAUAAACCUAAAGGAGUUGGUUUAACUGAAGUUGUUAAAGCUCUAGAUAUAUUAAUGUUAGCUGUACGUGAACAAUUCACCAAUUUUAGAGAAAAACUUAAACAAAUUAAUGUUAGUCAAAUUGUUAUAACAGCUGCUAAAAAAUUAAGAGGAGUCGUUUAUCAACGUUUUUAUCUAUUUUUUAUACGUUUUAUACGUAGAACAAGUUUAUAUGAAGAUAGAAAUCAAUCAAAUAAAAUAUGGCGUGAUAAUAUGAUAGCAGAAAAAAUGAAAUAUGAGAAUGAAUAUGUUGGAGAGACACUUAAUGAUAUUACUGAUAUACUUUUAAGUGACUCAUUCUUUUAUGAUAAUUCAACUUUUCAUAAAUAUCAAAUUCAUCCUAUAAGAUUUGAGAAUUGUAUCUCAGGUGAUCAAGGUAAAGAAAAUAUUAUAAAAAGAGAUAAUAUAAAAAAAGAAAACUGUGAUUAUGAUGAUAAAUAUUCAUUACAAAGCGGGGAAACUGGUCAAAUAUCACAAAUCACAGAGACUGAGGCAUUCAAAAAAAUAAAUGAAAUGGAAGCUGAAAUAUUUCGUCUUAAGGAGGAAAUGAAAAAAAUUAUGGGUUUGUCAAGUAAUAAUCAGUAUAACAACAAAUCUGAGGAUAAUCGUAAAACUUCUAUUAGAAGACCAUGUUCUUCAUUGGAUGAUGGAAUAUCUAUAACAUCAAGUCAACAUUCUCCUAUCAUUUCACCAAGGGCAAAUGAAGUCACAACUAAUUUUAUACCACCACCCCCACCACCAUUGCCAUGUAUGGCUACUUUAAGUAAUAAAAAGAAAGAUAAAUUAAUUUUAAAAGAGUCAAAAUAUAAUAAAAUUGAAGAAGAAGUCCCAAGAAACAAAGAAAAUAAUGAUACAUCUGCCAAAAUGGAUAAUUGUAUUUUACUUAGUGAAAUUCAAAAAAUUAAAUUAAGAAAAGUAAGUAAGGAAGAAAUUAAAGAACGUAAAAGUAAGGUAAUUUCCACAGAAUCAGAAUGUAGUGAUGUUGGUUCAUUCCUCCAACAAGCACUUUAUAAAAAGUUUAAGAAUGUUAAAUCUGAAGUUGUUUCUGAUACUGAUUCUGAUUCAGAACUCAGCCUUUGGUCUGAUGAAGAUAAUGAACUUGACACUGAAAUUCAAGAUACCAUUUAA